CUGAGCCACGCCGCCCGGGGAAAAAAAGAAUUUUUAAUGGAAGGUUUAGUACUAACAAAGGAGACCCCCCCCCAAUAUUUUCUCUUCAGUCCUUCCACAGCGCACAUGCACUUACCGUAUGUUUUACAAUAUCGAAGUGCAGUCAUUUACCUGCCUCUCCCUACUCACUGUAGCGUGAGAGCCGUGAAGACCUUGUCCUGCACAUGGCUGCAUUCCCAGAACAGAAAGCGAGCUCACAAGUGCUCUCUGGAUGAGUCAAUAAGCUGCAAAAAUAAGCCUCUUACCACUGGCUCCGCCCUCCGCCCCCCAACACUGCCCACUCUGCCCGUUUUGAGUAACUUAUUGUCAAAGCGAGUUCGUGGCUUGCUUGGACUCAGAACGUCACCACCCCGAGGGAAGGGUUGCGCCAUGUUUCGUUUGCUUUAACUGAACUCAGGAUGGUUUUCAUGAACUCUUUUCAUCAAAAUGCAAGCCAAGCACUUCCUUUCGGUACGUUUCACAGGAAACAUAGAAAGCAUCUCGCUGCGGAGUCCCCCGUGACGUGUGAGGCCUGCCAGCCACGAUGGGUUUGCCUUAUUUGUGCGCAGAGGCGGGGGGCAGAGUCCAGUGCUGCCUCGGGCACUGCUGAUGAAAUCCCGCUUCACCACGUAGACCUUGAAACGGUGCGGAUUGCCAGCCGAUGGCAAUAUCUCAGCGAAUCAUUCCUCUUUAACUUUCAGGAAAACAGCAGCCGGCCGAUCCUCAGACAACCUGGAGGGAGUGUUGCUGGGCCCGUUCCGGAGAGCGAGAGCGCGGGGUCCGGAUCGGGGCACACUCCAUGUGCCCCCCUGAAAGGAAGCCUCUUCCCUCUUUGAACUUUUCUAACUACGGUCUGUCUGUCCCCCCUCGGGGCUCGCCUGUCGCCCCUCGAUGGCCUUUCCUACGCUGCUGGACGUGGUGGGCGGCCUGGGCCGCUUCCAGCUCCUCCAGUUGGCGUUCCUCUGCCUGUCCUGCUUCCUGGUGUUCCCGCACAUCCUCCUGGAGAACUUCACGGCCGUGGCGCCCGCGCACCGCUGCUGGGUCCCCACCCUCGACAACACCACCGGCUGGGGCUGGGCCGACGGCUCGGGGGCCCCCGGGCCGGAUGCCCUGCUGCGGGUCUCCAUCCCGCUGGACUCGGACCGGAGGCCGGAGAAGUGCCGCCGCUUCCUCCACCCCCAGUGGCAGCUCCUCCACCCGAACGGAACCUUGGCCAACGCGAGCGAGCCGGCCACGGAGCCCUGUGUGGACGGCUGGGUGUAUGACCGGAGCACCUUCUCCUCCACCAUCGUGACCGAGUGGGACCUGGUAUGUGAAGCUGAGACGCUGAAAUCAAUGGCCAAGUUCUCGUUCAUGGCGGGCAUGCUGGUGGGGGGGGCCAUCUACGGCCACUUAUCAGACAGGUUUGGGAGGAGGCUGAUUCUCCGAUGGUGCUCCCUCGCGCUUGCCAUCGCCGAGACCUGCGCGGCCUUUGUGCCCCUGCUCCUCGCUUACUGCGCGCUGCGCUUCUUGGCCGGCUUCUCCACCAUGGGCAUCCUCAACAACAGCUCUGUGCUCAUUAUGGAGUGGACCGCACCCCGGUUCCAAGCCCUGGGGAUGACUACGACCAUCGGAGCUGCUUGCAUGGGGCAGUUGCUCCUGGGAGGAAUGGCCUUCGCCAUCCGUGACUGGCACACCCUCCAGCUGGUGUACUCUCUGCCGCUAUUUGUCUUGUUUCUUUCCUCGAGGUGGUUGGCGGAGUCUGCUCGGUGGCUGAUUAUCACCAACAAACCGGAGGAGGGCUUAAAGGAACUUAGAAAAGCUGCCCACAUGAAUGGAAGAAAGAAUGCUGGAGACACCCUCACCAUGGAGGUUUUGAGGUCGACCAUGCAGGAGGAGCUGGAGGCCGCGCAGACCAAACCCCCCGUGUCCGACCUGUUCCGCACGCCCAACAUGCGUAAGAGGAUCUGCCUCCUGUCCUGUGUGCGAUUUGCAAACGUCAUACCCUUUUAUGGCCUGAGCCUGCACCUCCAGUACCUGGGGAGCAACGUGUUCCUGUUCCAGGUUCUCUUUGGCGCCAUCACCCUCCCGGCCAAUUACGUCGCACUGUUGGCCAUGAACCGCCUGGGCCGGAGGCUUAGCCAGAUGCUCUUCCUGCUCCUGCUGGGGAGCUUCAUCCUGGCCAUCACGUUUGUGCCUCAAGACAUGCAGACCCUCCGCGUGGCUCUGUCGACGCUGGGAGUGGGAUUUUCGUCUGCGGCCCUCAUGUGCUCUCUGGCCCACGGAAACGAGCUAAUCCCCACCGUCAUCAGGGCCACAGCUUCAGGAAUCGUUGCGAUGGCUGGUAAUAUCGGGGCGGCCAUGGCUCCCCUCCUGAUGAUCCUGGUGGUGUACUCUCCCCACCUGCCCUGGAUCCUCUAUGCGGUCUCCUCCUUCAUCCCCAGCCUUGUCGUCUUCUUCCUUCCUGAGACCAGGAAUCAGCCGCUGCCCGACUCCAUCCAGGACGUGGAAAAGGAGAGAAAAGGCUCCAGAAAAGCAGAACAGCAAGACACCUUCAUAAAAGUGACCCAGUUUUAAGGAAUUCCAGGAACGGACUGCUAAUCCAGGAAAAAAAGGGGGGGGGGAGGGGCAGGGGAUGGGAUCAUGCCUAGGUGUUGGCAAAUGUUGGGAAAUAAAUAAAUUAAAAGAUAUAAUGAAAAAGUUGGAUCCCACUGACAAUCUGACAAUUGCAGUCCUAAAUAACUAUGUAUAGAAUACCUGUGAUUAAUUAUACAAAGAAGUUUGAGAAAAAUCACUAUACUCUUAAAGAAAUCAUCAUAAAAUAUGUGUAUGCAUGUCGAUCCCUAGCAUGGUUCUGGAUAGAAAGAUAGAAUCAUAUUGAAAACAUUGAUUGUGUACCAAUCACUUCGUAGUUGAUGGAGUAAUUAAAACAAAAAACCAUUUACUUUUGGAAGACUUUGAAAAAGAGUUUACAAAUUUAUUUAGAAAUCCUAUAUAAUAAAAGCCUAAUAGGCAAAUUGACCAAAUGGUGGAAUGACCGGUCGCUAUGACAUGCACUGACCACAAGGGGGCAGAUGCUCAAUGCAGGAGCUGUCCCCAGCCUGCAGGCCCCAGGCCAGCCAAGGUGGGUGCCAGUGGGGGCCCCGCGAUUGUCCAGCCAGUCACCCCGCAGAUUGGCCCUGAUCACCGGCCAGGCCUAGGGACCCUACCCGUGCACGAAUUUCGUGCACUGGGCCUCUAGUUAAUAAUAAACAAGGUGCUUUAAAAAAAGAGGAUCGUGAGUGAGGGGCUGCCCAGUGUUUCAAGCAGCAUACAUUAGACUUUAUCACAGCAGCAAUAGUCAACACAGUAGUAGCAGAUGUAUCUACACAUCAGAGGAAGUCCGGAAACAGACCGCAGUGGACGUAACAUCUACUAUGGAAUUUUGGUAUCAGAAAUCACUGGAAAAAUAAAGGCUCAAGCAACAAAUAGCAUAACUAAAUAUUAAAAACUAAAUGACUACUAAUGUGACCUCAUACCCUAACCUCCCCAAUAUUCUACUUUAAUAAAAAAGUUAAUUGGAAAAAAAUGAACCAUAAUUUUCAGUAGAAAGCUUGGCUACAAAAUCUUGGGAUAAAAAAUGUUCUGAAUAGUAAAAGCAAAUGCCAGACAUUUAGAGACAGGCCCUCUGAAUCAUACUUAUUUAAAGCGACUGUUGGGCAAAACCUUAACAAAUUAUUGGAGAAAACCAGAAAACUAUUCACCAAAAUGAUAAAAACAGUUAACUUUUAGUGGCAAGCUUUAAAGCGAGGGAUACUUUCUCCUCUGUUUCUGCACUCAGAGUUUAAACAAGGACUAAGUAAAAUUUCAAAAUACUGUAAGAUGCCAACGGUGAGAGAGCAAGUGACGAAAUAAACCAUUUUCAAAAAUGUACUUCGAAUAAGAAGGA